AUGGGUAUCCACGGUCUGACGGGUUUCAUCGACAGUAACCAACACUUGCUGCAGCAGCAUCACUUACAUGACUGUUCUGUAGUUCUAGAUGGAAACAAUUUCUACCAUUUCCUCUACUACACCUGCCAUGUGCAGUGCAGUUUUGGUGGAGACUACGAUGUUUAUCGGAAAAAAAUAAUUUCAACUUUCGAAUCAUUUAAAACAUGUGGGAUAACUGCGUAUGUCAUCAUGGAUGGGGCUUAUACGGUGGAUGGCAGGAAGCUAAGGACUUCACUGAGCAGGGCUUCAGCACGAAUCAAACUUGUCGAUACAAUGGCCAACAAUCAGAAGGGACAAGCGUUACCAGCCUUGGCGUAUGAAACAUUUAUGCAGACCCUAAACGAGCUCAGGAUUCACCAUGCAACUUGCCAGUUUGAAGCUGACAAUGAGAUAGCCGUUCUGGCGAACAAGUUAAACUGUCCAGUAAUCAGCAAUGACAGUGAUUUUUACAUUUUUGAUUUAAAUAAUGGAUUCUUACCUCUAGAUUAUCUUGACUUCCGAACUUUAGAGAGAGUUGAGUCUGACGGAAGCAAGUUGCAUUACUUACACUGUCACAAAUACCACGUCGAUGACUUCAUCAACUCAUUUGAUGGUUUAAGUCGUUCAGUGCUGCCUGUGUUUGCAAGUUUGCUAGGGAACGAUUUUAUUAAUGCCAGUGCCUUUUCUACAUUUUACUCCCGGGUCAAAGUUCCAAAAGUGAUAUCCAAAAAAUUCUCCCUGCCUCCAAGAUUAUCAAAAGUGAUCAGUGUGCUACACUGGCUCAACACACAGACAGACAGCAGCGAAUUCUCCGAUAUUCAGGCUGAACUGCUGGAGUUCAUCAAACCACGCAGCAAGGUGCGGGUGGAGAAGAUGUUUGUGUCUUCGGUCAAUGGGUACGUGGAUGUGGAAAACUUUCAGGGGAUUGAUCUCUUCCACUUUCUGACUGGUGAUGCAGAACAAUGCCCUUGCACUGCAGCAGAAGAGUUUCGUAGCUACAAUGGCACGGUAUUUCCUGAUUGGUUUGUUAAAGCUGCUUGUUGUGGGGAGGUAACCCCUUCUACAUUAAAUUGUGCUAUUCUGCACAGAGUUAUCAUUCUUACCCAGGUGGAGGAUUUGUCCCAGGAGUCCUCCUUUCAGUGUUCCUUGGCUUUGAGACAGGUGUUGUAUGGUGUUCUUCUUCAGGAGGAUCUGAAGCAGCAGCCUGCUGGCAGUGCAAUCAUCUCCUACAGUAGUCCAGGGAUUGACUGCAGCAGUGAGGAGUUACCUUCACAGGUGUAUUGCACUUCUCAAGCACAGAAAAACACUCACAAACUGUCAGAUUGUUUCAGGUUAGAUGAGGGAAGUCAUGAUGUCAGUUCCAGUGAAAAGGGUGCUAGUGUGAUUUUGUAUGGAAGGGUGUGUGAUGUGAGAACAGAAGAGAGACAGGUUGGAGUGGACCUGAAGGAAGGAUGUGGUGAUGUUGUCAAAGAAGUGAUUGCAGAAUGUGACAGUGCACAUGAUGCUAAUACUGGAGGAGAUUGUGUGGCUGUAAAUGAGGUGGAGCCUGGAGCUGAAGUCUGUGACAGUCAAAUGGUGUUAGAAACAAAAACAGAGGAUGCUGAGAGGAAAACCAAAGAGUUCUGUGUUGAAGAGUAUACCAGGCUAAAGAAGAAUUUAUUGAAGAACCUUGUUGAGCCUGUCUAUUGUGUAGGAACAGUUCCUGUGCCAGGCCUGGCCUACAUACCAAACAUGGCUGUAGCUGAGAGGAAGUCUGUGCUGGCCGCAGCUCUGGGAGUUGACCUGGAUUUUAUGGCCAGGUUUUGUGAAGAGCUCCAGCUGUUUGCUGGGUGCCUGGUCAUGUGGGCUCGCAAUGUUCGUCCCAGAAUCAGCCCUGGACAUUUAGAAACUGUUGUUGCUGGAGUGAUAUUGCUUCAGGUUUGUGUGUCACUGGCAGAGAGGACACAUGAAACACAAGAAGUAGAGAAUACCAAGACUGGAGAUGAGAUGGAGAAUGGAGAUGGGACAAGAAACAGCAAAUUAACAGAGCAGAGAGAUGGGAAAGUAGCAACAAGAAUAAGUGAGCAGAAGGACAAGAAGAAGAGUUUGAAAAUUCAGCAACAGGCCAGUGAACUUUCUAGAAUAAAUUGUGAACUAGAAAUGAUGGAACAGACUGACAAAAUAAAUGCGCAGAGUGAAGGGAGUAUCAGUGGAAAAAAAACUUGUGAGAAUAAUAGACAUGAGACUCAGCCUACACAUGUUGGUCUCUCCAGCUUGCAUGCUGACUGUGUCAGUGUUGCCCGGCUGUGUUCACAAGUUAGAACUGUUCACUUAGAGAACAUCAGACAGAACUUGCACAAGUAUCACGCCAAAUCCCCUGUGUUCAACAACAAGAACCUUUACACCGCCAAAGUGCCUCAUGCGUUUGCUCAGCUGCAAGCCUGUAUGCUGGAUGCUAUCAAUCUCAACAAACUUCUUCAGCGCCCAUUUCCAACCAUACGUCCUGCUGAUUUCAUCAACGGCACAUUUCUCUACAAUUUCUACACCGACCUGUCUGUCCGUGCCAACCCAGAUCUUUUCCUGACUCUCAUGUUUGAUAGAAGCCCAGAUGUCAUUUCCACUUUUAAACUGUUUAGAGAUUUAAUAAUCAGCUAUGUCGGUGGGAACUGCUUUGACUCCCCAUCUUCACUUUCAAAGAAGAUAAGAAAAAGAAGGCCAAAAGGAGAAAAAAAACUUAGAACUGACCAGGAGAUGAGCAAAGAGAAGUCCAGUGAUAAAGAGAAAGCUGUUAACCUGGUAGCUGGAUUUGAUGUGGCUAAUAAGUUUAGUGUCCUGUCUAUGGAUGAUUCUUGA